CAAGAAGACCCCCUCUAUACGCCGAGACGAAGGUCAAUUAUACAAUUACAAUGUCAGACGAUACACGAGUCUACCUCUACACCUCUCUCGCUGGUGGCUCCACCCAGCUCACGACAGCGACGACCCGAAUCGCGUCCAUCCUCGACUCUCAUAAGAUAGCAUACACCGCCGUCGACCUCGCAACAGGCGACGAAAUCCACAAACGGAUCUGGCAGCGGAAAACAAGCGGCAAGAAGUUACCAGGCGUCGUAGUAUGGACGAAAACGAUCGAAGGAAUUCAGGGCGAGGGAAGGGGUGAGGUGGAGGGUAUGGACGUACAUGUAUGCCUCACAACCGAGGAAUUGGAGGAUGCGAACGAGGGUGGGCCGGCUGAGAUCAAGAGUGAGCUUGGGUUGAAUGCUUAAAGAAGAAGAUUGUGAAGGAGCAGGUGUAUGCUAUGGAUACUAUCGAG